GCGUGAAGCAGGGGGAGGGGAGGGUAAGCAGGCAGGUGCAGUCGGAAUAACCAAGGCAGUGUGGUUUACUAUUUCCUCCCCUGUUUAAAGAGCGCCCCUUUAAACAGGAAUGUAAAGGAAGCAAGCUGUCCACAGUCGAAACUGAUUUUAGGCGGGCAGGUGGAUCAUGGCCUUGUCUCCCCCCAACUCCCCCCGCAGCAGACAAUCGAGUAUGGAAAUAGGAAAGCCUUCUGAGGCAACGUCUGAGGAGCUGGCUCUUUCGAUGUUGAGAGGUACUGCAGUGUAAUUCCCAAGGGAGGAAGAAGGCAACAAAGAGGUGUGCCAUUAGCAGAUGGAGAAGAUUACUGUAGAUGUGCACAUAGAAAGCAAGGAAAAAGAUUCUUUAGAACUAGUCACCAGCAAUGAAAUUGAUGUUAAGGCUCUGAAUGACACUGAACUACGGGAGCAGCUGUCUGCAUAUGGAAUCAGCCCUGGACCGAUAUUACCUUCUACAAGGGCUACAUAUGAGAACAAACUUCAGCAGCUCAUGAAGCAAUGCCCAACAGUAGCAGCUGAGAAGGAAAGCAGGCUUGAUGAUUCUGAAAAGGAAAAGAAUGGAGAGCUAGGGCAAACAACAGAAGUAGUCUUCCAGACAAACAACCUCAGAGUGACAGCAGGAUGUGCCUCUGAGCUUGAUAAUAAUCCACCUGUAGAUGUGGCAGAACGUCAGAAAAAACUCUUGUCACCUGAUGUUGAACACAGUUUAGCCAAAAUAGUGGCAGAAUUACAGGAAAUAUUGCCAGAGGGUAAAGUGCUGAAUCAGUCAAAAGGACAAAGGAGGGUAGCUGGCAGUAGUCCUGAUAGGAGUUACAGACAACAGAUGAAUAAUCCACCACACACAGACUACGGUUACCCUGACGCUAACAGUGUAGGAUUAAGUACUAGAAGAAGAACAGUGAAAGAGAAUGUACAUUCAGUGAAGCAAAGUCCUAAAAUUAAAUCCCUGAUGGUACCUGAGAAACCAGCAGAAGGACUUAUACCAACACGUGUAAAGAUCGCUAUGUUUGCACUCUUCAUUUUCCUUGUCUUUGUGUAUGUAACUAUGGAAACUAAUCUAGACAAUCCAUUCAGAAGCUUCAUCAUGGGAAAAUGAGACUAUUCCAUUCUUCAGAGGUGACAUUAACAGACUAGAGUUGGUGAUUUCUGUUCAGCUGCUUAUGAGUAAGUGAUUGGGGUAGCUUAUUAAAAAGCAAAAGAAGCUA